CUUGAAUAGUGCUGAAGUGUUUGCCUAAAUCCUACUGAUCCGUGGUUAAAGAGUUUAUAUUUCACUUUUUUUUGUAUGCCGAUAAUGUAUUACGUGUAGGUAUAAAAAAGAACUCGUGCCACCCUGAUGCGUGGAAAGAGGAAGCGACCUAGCAGUAUGAGACAAAGCUGACAAGAAUUGACCACAGACCUGGAAAGAUCAAAGGAAGGCAGGAUAAUCGAGGAUGACAGACACACUGGAUAACCUGGACCUAGCCAUGGAUUAUCUGACAAUGGAUGAGGCUCAGUAUCGCACUGUGACCAGUCUCAGCUCCUAUAUCAGUACGCUCGAUCUCGAUGAUAUAGCAGGCCGAGUUACAGGAGGGAUCCUCAAGUUUGAGUUUGAUGGAGGGAAUUGUGAUAAGUCCCACCAGAGUUACUUUGUCACAAUCAACGAAGAUUCCUCCAUGGAUAGCAUGGCUAAGUACAUGUCUAAGGUUUGGAGGAAGCGCACCCCAGACAUCAUCCUCUCUGUCAUCUCCAGCAUAGCUCACUUCAAAACAUGGGAGGAUCUAGCACAGGUGGAAGACUUCCAGGCUGGUCUGACACAGGCUCUUAACACAACCAAUAUGUGGGUAUUGACUAACGGACUAGACGGAGGUAUAUCCAGAAUUGUGGGAGAUGCCAUCCACAACGAACAUGAACGUCGAUAUAUCCUGCUUUCUAGAGCCAACACAACUUAUGGAAAAAUAGCCAACUCUGCUCACGUAGAUGAACUGACCAAACUGACCGUGAUUGGCAUUGUGCCCAAGAGCUCUCUAUGUUAUGGAAAUGAAAUCGCUACGAAUCACGAUGUGGUAGUUCAGUUGAAGAACAAAGGACUUAGAGCUAAACGCCAUGCUUCUGAGCUGAACGCAGAGCACUCUCACUUCAUUCUUCUGGAGGGGAUAGAAGACCACAGGGAAAACAUGUCAGUGAGAUACAAAAUUGAGGAAAGGCUCCUCACUCCUAUUGGACGAGGCAAAAAGUACAGAAAACUGAACCUGAGUGACCCCACUCUAAAUCUAGAGGAUGCUUCAUAUUUCCACACUCACACAGAUAUUAUCAGCGGUACAUGUACCCCAAUGGUAGGAUUACUGAUACAGGGUGGACCUAUUGACAUCGAGCAUGUUGUAGACCUUCUAAGGAGAAAGGUUCCUGUUCUCGUCGUCAAGGGAACAGGACUGGCAGCUGACCUUAUUGCAUUUGUGUUCAAUGAAAAAAUUUUGUACCCAGGAGAUGAGCAUGACUCCUUCCUGAAACAGGAGCUGAUCAAGAGGAUGCUGGUGUGUUACCCCAACGAUUUCCAGGACGAUGAACCAGCCAGGAAUCACUGCCGAGACUUAAUAAUUGAGUGUGCCAGUCUGGCACUUCAGGACAACCGGAAGUGCAUUACCAUUUUGGAUAUAGAGGCUGAUCCAUCUGCCCUCAAAAAUCUGGACAAAUACAUUCUUUUGGCCCUAUUUGAAUCACAAGGAACGAAGCAAGGUGUUCAGUUUGAGGAACAGUUUCAGUCGGACUUGAAGCUUUGUAUGGAUUGGAAUAGAUGUGAUUUAGCGGAGUCUCGAAUAUUUAGGAAAUAUGCCUGGAAAUCUAUAAAGAUUACCCCUGAGCUGUUUGAUCGAGCAUUACUAAAGAAGGGUCGGGAGAAAUUCCUAGACCUAUUUCUGGAGAAGAAGACGAUUGUACUCCAUCAAUACCUCAACCACAAAAAACUGCUGCAUCUCUUCAACCAACUGGAAAAACCAGAAUUCUUUUGUCACGUCUGUCUGGAAGGAGUUCUUGCCAAAAUUCCAGGAACAUGUUACCCCGUGGAUAAGUACUUCCUGAUGGACAAAAACUCGGAUCUGAACCAAAUUUUGUACAAACUGACAGGCUUAGAAAAUUUAGUUUCAUCAUACGAUCUCUCCAUGAAUGCUUCUGGGAAGUAUGUCUGUGACAAAGGGGCUGCUGAACGAAAGGCCCUCCUGGCCCUGAUUUAUUGGGGUACACUCACUAACAAUCACAAGCAGGUGAAAUCCCUGUGGAUGCAGUCUGAGCAGCCAAUGGUGACCGCCCUCAUUAUCAGCCGAAUCUGGCACCAGCUGUCCAAAAAGUGGGUCAAGGAUCUGGACACCAAAAGACAACUGAAAGAGAAUGCUAUAGUAUUUGGGGAGCGUGCUGUUGAGUUGUUGAGUAUAAGCUACAAUGAUUCGGCACUUCAUGCCAUUGCAUCGCUGGAUGACAAACUCCCUGAAUUUGGCAACAAAACCGUUACACAAGUGGCACAGCUAUGUAGAAACAAGUACUUCAUUGCACACAAGAGUUGUCAAAAAUGGCUAAUGCAUCGAUGGCAUGGCAGCUUGCGAAUUAGAGAGGUUGACUAUGGAAUCUUCAAACUUCCAGAAUGGUUAAAGAUUUAUUUGUGUGUUCUGUUCAUCCUUCCAAUGUUCUUCUGGAUUACAUAUGAUGUCAAGAAAAACAGUGUUGCUAUUAGGGAAGAGGAGGAUGAAGAAGAUGAGGAUCAUUUAGAGGUACCGGAGACAAUGCCUUUAUCUGGAGAAGAGAAAUGGAAAAGAAGCAGAAAAGCAAAUGUCCGGUACCAUGUGAAGGAGAUGCUGUCUUAUGGAAAACAGAACCUAAAAGUUCCAAUCUAUCUCCAGUUUUACUACUUCUACAGUGCCCCCAUUGUCAAGUUUUACAUCAGUCAGUUUUUCUACGUCCUGUAUCUACUCUUGUUCAGUCUGGCUGUGAUUAUCCCGUCCUGUGGUGACAUCCAAAUUGACAUCAUUCUAUACUUUUGGACAUUUAUGUUGUGGAUUGAAGUCGUUCGGAAGACAAUCAUGAAGAAAAAGAACCACAAGGAGCUGACGGUUCAUUGGACGGUUGUGGAGAUAAUUCUGAUCUUUAUGUACCUAAUGGUCAUCGGAAUCAUCCGUAUCAUUCCUCGAUACAUUCCCUCUGUUAGAUAUACCACUGCCAAGUUUGUCAUGAGUCUCGGCCUCAUCUACUUCUACUACAGAACAAUGAAUAUCUUCUUCCCUAUCAGCCCUAUACUGGGGCCCAUGAUGAUCAGUGUUAAGAGAAUGAUUCGAUAUGACUUCAUCACUUGGUUCAAGAUGUUCCUGAUCAUCAUGGUGUCUGGAGGUAUAGCUAUCCAGGCUACUCUGUACCCUAACUAUCCGUUGUCAGAGUACGGGAUAACCAUGGCCAUCAGUAGAGCUUUAUUUGCCAUGUUUCUCACCAAAAUUGAUGACCUUGAUGGUGGUACUCCGGAGUGCACUUCUUUUUAUGACAAUCAGACAACACGAGUGUGUCAUGAUGCUGCUGCUUCAUUUUGGAAUCGAAAUAUCACCAAAGUGCGUUUUUCCCAUGAUUAUGCAGUAUGUCCCCACAGGAGUUUUGGGGGAUAUGCCGUCACUAUACAAUAUCUCCUCCUAACCAAGCUCAUCUUCAUCACCUUGCUAUAUGCCCUCUUCAGUGCCACCACUUCUAAGAUCCAGGCAGCGUCGGAACAACUGUGGAAGUUCCAGCUCCACAGUCUGAUUGUAGACUUUGAGACUCGCCUCAGGCUCCCCGCCCCCCUGAAUUUCCUCAGUUAUCUCAUCAUGGUGUUGGAGCAGAUAUUUAAGAUUGUGACAUGGAUUUAUAAAUGGAUCUGUCGCUCCAGCUGUUGUGUCAAACACACUGAAUUGGCUAAGAAUGACAAUAAAAUGACAGUGGUGCAACAUUCAGACUUCACAUUUUGGAGAACGUUAAUGAAGAAGUUGAAGAAACAGCAGAAAGAGGAAGAUAUAAAUUCUCAAAGACCUCUGGAGCAGGAACAAAAAAUCCAACAGCUUUUGACACAGACAUUACUUCAGAUGCAGUUUAACAAUAAGCUUACUGAACAACUAUCAAGUUUGGAGCGACACAUCAUGAGCUGUGAAAUGGCCCUGGAACAGGUUCAUCACAAAAUCGACAUCAUGGACCCCAAAAAACGGCCAGAACUGGAGAAGGCAACCAAUCUACACAUGGCCAGUCGAGAAUCCCCGUACCCAGGCACAACUAUACAGAGGUUUCCAGUGUUUGACAAAUUUAUUAACUGGGAGGAGACAUUUGCUGCCUAUGAUCCUGUUCUGUACACCAAACCUAUAGAAGAGUACCCAGUAGACGUGCGGCCUUUGAUAGAUGUGGAUUACAUCGACCUUAUUUAUAAGCUGGAGGACGUGAGUCUGGGUCAGGAUGACCGUCUCAGUAUCCUGUCGUCUCAGACCAUUCACAAACCACUGUGGAACGUAGUGGCCAGCUAUAAUAUCAAUGAUGUUAAUUUGGAGAUCAAUCGCAUGUCGUGGAUUGACAAAGAUGGUGUUCCAAUUAAAUAUGCACUGGAUUCCUACAAUAUACCACUGAAUCCUAGUGGUCGAACAGGUAUUCGUGGGAGGGGCAAGCUGUGGAGAUGGGGUCCGAACCACUCAGUGAAGGUGGUCAUCUCCAGAUGGAAACGAUACAAGUCACAGGACAGCUUCCUCAAGGUCAAUGACAAAAAGGUCAUGGAGGUUAUAGUACUACAGAAGAGUGCAUCAGGGGAGCUCACUCUGCCUGAGGGAAAAGACCAUGGACACAUGUCUCUCUAUUCAGCUGUGUGCCAGAAAUUUUUGGCUAAAGUGUUUGGUCAGAAAAAUGUAAAAAUCAAUGAACAAAUGACGGAAAAUCAAAUGGUAGAGUUCUUUGAGCAGUUUGUGGAGCCCCAUCCUGGCCCCUUCACUGGAUUUACCUCUGGGAUAAUUUACAAGGGCUACAUGGAUGAUCCGUGUAACACUGACAAUGCCUGGAGAGAGGCUGAGGUCUGGAACAUACACUACCAUGUUCCAGAUAACCUUGAUACAAAGAUUGUCAAUAAGGAAAAAAGAUGGAAGGAGGUGUCUUCUUAUUUCCACCUGCCUGGAAAUCAAAAUCUGAUUGUUCAGGAGACAGCUCGUAUCAACGGAGCUUAUUAUGUUUAAAAUUACAGUUCACAACACGUUCUGUUCAGGAGACAGCUCAUAUCAACGGAGCUUAUUAUGUUUAAAAUUACAGUUCACAACACGUUCUGUUCAGGAGACAGCUCGUAUCAACGGAGCGUAUUAUGUUUAAAAUUACAGUUCACAACAAGUUCUUGUUCAGGAAAUAGCCCAUAUCAAGGGAGUUUAUUAUGUGUAACAAUACAGUUCACAACACGUCCUAUCAUCAGUUCAGUGAAAGUAAGACUAGGUGUAUGAUAGGGGUCAAUUGUCCUAUGUGUACACUAUGUGUACACAGUUCUAAUUGCUCAAUAACAGAGAUGUUGAAAAGAAGGUGCCUAUUCAAUGUAUUUAUACUACUUGAUAUUUUUGAAGUGAGUAUAAAAUUAAUGCAAAAUAGCUUUACAUAUUCUUGAUUUUUUUUUCAAUGCUCCUAUGGAUUGUGGGUGACAAAUAUUGAUUUUUUUAUACCAUAUUCAUGUUUCUUUUUUAAUUUUUUCUAUAAAUAUUAACAUUCAGUUAUAGAAUUCUAAAAGUGCAGUUUUAGUUGAGGACUUUUAAAUGCAUUUACUUUAUAGAGUAAAUUUUAUAUUGAUACCUCUGUCCCCUACGUCAUAUUUAUAAAACUCAGGAUAUUUUUUAAAUGCAUGUAUUAAUUGCCAAAGGAGGUAAUUUUAAACGGGUAUUCAUUUUGGCAUGCUUUUGUUUAUGGACGGGUAUAAAAUUUAAAUUAGCCUUUUUAUAACCCUAACAAACAAGUUUGAAGGGGGAUUUACUAGAAUUACCAUGUCUGUCUGUCUGUCCAUUAACAUUUUUGUGGGGAGAGUAUAUCUAAAAAUUUUGAUUUUUCCCCCCAAAACUUUGGUAGAAAUAAGAUAUACUUUUUGAACAUGUGUACUUAGUACCUAAUACUAUUGGAUUUAUUUGUCAAAAUAAAAAAAAAUGGCCUUUUACAUGUCUUGAUGAACACAACUUUUGUUUAAGGAAUAAAAAGAGAAAAAUACAUGUCUGGACACUGCAUUUUGAAACUGAGAAACUCAAAACCUCAUAGUGUUGUUUGACUCUGUGCCAAAGCCAUUUGAUCAAGGCUAGGGCCACAGAGUACAAAAGUAUCUUAUUAAUUGUUCUAGCCACAACUUUCAUAUGGUAAAUUGGAUAAGGUCACACGUUUCAGAAGUUAGAAAUUCUUACCCUGUCCAUAGUAUUGAAGAAGAGAAGUACUAAAGGUUGCUUGUGACUAACCCUGCACCAUGAUAACUUAGGUGUAGAUCACUUGCUUUGAAGUGUGAAACUUUGUCCAUACCAAUACUAUCUUUAGGAGAUCACACUUGGCUUAAGAGUUGAUUAUGAUCAUCACCCUGAACAAAGGUCAUUUAUACUAAGUCAAGGACACAGGGUUCAGAGAUGUCAAAAUUUACAGGGCAUAUUGACUUGAAGAUUGCUUGUAACCAAGAGUUCUGACCUGAUUUUUCAAUGGUCACUUUAACUCACUUAAUUGGCUCAGAAGUUACAUGUUAUUUGGGUUAAUGAUUUUUCAGUGCCACAACUUCUUUCAGUUUUGACAUAAAAAGUUGCUCAGGAUAGAGGUGUUACAACUUUCAACCAAUUACAAACACAUUCAGUCCACAGGAAUUUCCAGUAUUUUUUUUUUUCAAGAUGUCUGAGUUCUUUUUCAAUAUAUUUUAAUUUAAGAUAUGCUCUUUCAUUUCUUGCCCAGUGAGAGGUAUAAGUCCCAUUAGGACAGUUUUAGUUUUAAUGAUCGAUACAUGUAUUUGGAUUUUUAAAAUUUAAAUACUGUAAAGAUACUUUUUUUCCACGGGGUCAAAAUUCCACUGAAUCACAAUUUCUGUUCAAUCUGCAGGUAGAAAAUUACUUAGAUUGCCACUAUAUGCCUUAAUUAUGCUGGGACAAAUUUUCACGGAAAAUUUGUGACUGCAUACCUAGUGUAAAUAAAUACCACAUGAAAAAAAAAUACUUCUACAGUAUCUGAGAUACUAAUUUAAUGUAAAAGAAAAAUUCAGUUUGGGCCUCAGUAAUUCACUGAAAAUACAAGCUGAAAUUGUCUACACUGCAGUCAUUAACAUGGGAAAGUUGUGCCCCUUUGAUUCUAGCAUUCUGGUUUUACUUUAUCUUUCUGGAUAUGUUUUUUUAAUGAUUUAUAUUAAAUUACUGUAUAUACUGCUUAUGUAAUGAUAUUCAUUUUUAUUAUAUACCCAAGUGUGUAUCACUCAAUUUUACUGUAGAUUUUGUACAAUCACUUGACGGUGUGAUCCGACUUUCCGGAUCACCACACUGUGGUUUUCUGAAUCCAUAUCACCCCUCUCUGAAAUUGAUGACGUAGUACACAGAAACGUGACGUUAUUUUUCAUGCGCAUCAAAAAAUUCCUUGACAAAAUGCUUUGUUUAAUAGGAAAAUCUUAUAUAAUUGAUCUCAAAAGUUUUUUUUUAAACUAUAUUUUGCUAGUUGUAAGGGGGGUAUAUAAUAAAUUUAUCAUUAUAACAGUAACUUGAUCCGAAGAGCCGUAUCACGUCUCGUUGACAGGCGCGGAUCAUCAGAUCAAACUCAACGCUU